GAGGAUUAAAAGUGAUAUAAGACAAGCAUAGAGUUCAGAACUCUCUAGUACUCCAAAGCCAAUUCACAAUGACGAGCCUAGAGCCCUCAAGAGAAGCUGCGCUCCAUCCAUUACCUCCCGCUACACUUCAUACAACAUCGGGUGGAAAUGCCGUUUGGCACAAUUUCAACAAUGAUUUCGCUCAUAUCCAAGAUCCCAAUGAAAGACGAAGACUCGCUCUAGCUGAAAUUGAUCGCGCUCCGUUCGGAUGGUACCAUGUUCGUGCGUGUGUUGUUGCCGGCAUUGGCUUCUUUACCGAUUCCUAUGAUAUCUUUGCUGUCGGGCUCCUCACCACUAUGCUUGGAAUAGUCUAUUUCCCGCAUAAUAAAGGAGUCAUGCCAACUAGUUCCGACACUGCAAUCAAGGUCUCGACUAGCGCGGGCACGGUGGUUGGCCAGUUUGGAUUUGGCAUCUUGGCCGAUAUCGUGGGUCGUAAAAAGAUGUAUGGACUUGAGUUAAUCAUUAUCAUUUUUGCGACAUGUGAGUACGAAUUGCUUGCUAACUAUUUUGUUUUCACUGCCUACUUUUAUCUCGGUUUUAUCUUCCAUUCGAGUCUUGCAUUCGAUGCAAUCUUCCUUUUUCACAAAGCAUUAAUACAUCACUUUCCUCAUUUCUUUUUGAGUUGUGUACUGUAUGGAGAAUACUGAUUCUCUAAUCUCACAGUGGCACAAUCUCUAACCUCGAGCUCUCCGGCUGUGAACAUCGUGGGGGUUAUAAUCUUUUGGCGUGUUCUCAUGGGUAUCGGAAUUGGUGGCGACUACCCACUCUCAUCUAUCAUCACAUCAGAAUUCGCUACCACCAAAUGGCGUGGAGCAAUGAUGGGGGCAGUCUUUGCCAUGCAAGGAAUCGGCCAAUUCGUCGCCGGUCUCGUCAUGCUAAUCUUAGUCGCCGGAUUCAAAGGAUCGCUGCUCACCGCUAAAUCUGCCGCAGUCUGUCAAGGUGUGUGCGGCUUAGCAGUCGAUAAAAUGUGGAGAGUCCUUGUUGGAUUUGGCGCUGUUCCAGCUUGUGUGGCACUCUACUACCGACUUACGAUCCCCGAAACACCUCGCUAUACAUUUGACGUUGCACGCGAUGUUGAACAGGCGCAACUAGAUGUCAAAGCAUAUAUGGCCGGCAAAGCCGAAGGUCACCCCGACGAAAUAGCGCGGGUCCAAGGACUCCAGGCCGGCAAGUCUCAAAUGAAAAUCCCCAAAGCUAGCUGGAGUGAUUUUGUCGCUUAUUAUUCACAAUGGAAAAAUGGAAAGAUACUUUUUGGUACAGCGGGUUCUUGGUUCUUGCUUGACGUAGCUUGGUAUGGAUUGUCGUUGAAUAAUCCUGUUAUAUUGACUGCAAUCGGCUAUUCGGCGGGUCCCACAGUCUACAAGACGCUAUUGAAUACAGCGAUUGGCAAUCUCAUUAUUGUGUGUGCUGGUGCGAUUCCAGGGUAUUGGGUCACAGUUGCAACAGUCGACACGAUUGGACGGAAACCAAUUCAACUCAUGGGAUUUAUUGUUCUCACCAUUGUUUUUAUCGGAAUGGGUUUUGGUUACCAUAAACUUUCGGGGCAUGGGUUACUCGGCCUUUACGUUGUUGCACAAUUUUUCUUCAACUUUGGACCCAACACAACAACCUUCAUCGUCCCCGGCGAAUGUUUCCCCACGCGCUACCGCAGCACCUCUCACGGCUUCAGCGCCGGCAUGGGCAAGAUCGGAUCCAUCAUCGGACAAGCCGCCAUUGCGCCGCUGCGGGUGCGAGGCGCAACUGCAAAAUCUGCAAGUCCGUGGUUAGAUCAUGUUCUGGAGAUCUAUGCAGUCUUCAUGUUUGCGGGGAUAUUCACAACACUGUGCAUACCCGAGACGAAGAGGAUUAGUCUGGAGAAAUUGAGUGGGGAGGAUUAUGGGGGGAGUGAGGGGGUGAGAGAGGGCGGGAGUGGGGGAGAGGUAGAGGCGAAGAGUGUUUAGGAGAGGAAUUGGAACAGAGGAGAGGUGGUUCGUUGAUUGAAGGACGACGGGAAGGCGGCAAUGAUAUGAUACAAUCUGAUGCUGGCAAAUGAAGCUGCUGGUAUCAGCACGACCUGGAUUAAUGCAGGUGUAUGAAUGAAGAAAAUUAAACCCUAACUAUAACUUGUAUAUGAAUGAAGAAC